GGAGAGGAGGCAGCGAAGAGAAAGAAGAGGAGGACAAGGAAAGAGAGUCAUGAGGCCUAUGCUGUUCCUGAGGAGGAUACGUGUAUGAAUGGAUGACAGGGAGACCUGGAGAGACAUGAGAUGGAUUCGUGGGAAGAUGACCAGGCUGAGCAGCGCUCUUGUCUCAUUUGCGGAGACCGCGCCACAGGACUGCACUAUGGCAUUAUUUCCUGCGAGGGCUGCAAGGGCUUCUUCAAGCGCAGCAUCUGCAACAAGCGCGUCUACCGCUGCAGCCGCGACAAGAACUGCGAGAUGUCCCGCAAACAGCGCAACCGCUGCCAGUACUGCAGGCUGCUCAAGUGCCUGCAGAUGGGGAUGAACCGCAAAGCAAUCAGAGAAGAUGGCAUGCCCGGAGGCAGGAAUAAAAGCAUCGGUCCUGUACAGAUUUCCGAUGAGGAGAUAGAGCGGAUUAUGUCCGGACAGGAGUUUAAGGAUGAUGCCAACAUGCCAGAACACACAUGGGGAAACAACGGCGACAGUGACCACAGUUCUCCAGGCAAUGGGGUCUCCGACGGGAAUCAGCCAUCUCCUGUAUCCACACUUUCAUCCAAUCGCUCUGUGGAGCUGAAUGGCUACACUGCAGCUUUGAGGGAACAGUACAUUGGCAAUGCAAUGGCCCAGCACUACCAGUUCCUCCCUCACCUGUUUGGAUACGCCGCCCAGCCUCGGAGCCUGUACCCCCAGAGUCAUACCCUCAUCAGCCAGCUGGUGGCAGCAGAGGAACUGGCACCGCUGGGCACGCCCAUGCUCAUCGAGGACGGGUAUCGGGUCACUCAGGUGGAGCUGUUCGCUCUCUUGUGUCGGCUGGCGGAUGAACUUCUCUUCAGACAGAUCUCCUGGAUUAAGAAGCUCCCUUUCUUCUGCGAGCUGUCCAUCGAGGACUACACGCGGCUCCUGAGCGCCACCUGGCAGGAGCUCAUCCUGCUGGCCUGUCUGACCGUCUACAGCGCCCAGGUGCUGGGCGAUCUCGCCAACGUCACCGACAAAUACACGCCGUCGGACGACGAGCUGCAGAGUUUCAGUGAGGACGGGAUGGAGGUGAUGGAGAAGCUGAUCUAUCUGUUCCGUAAGUUUCAUCAACUGAAGGUCAGCAAUGAGGAAUACGCAUGCAUGAAGGCCAUCAACUUCCUUAAUCAAGAUAUCCGCGGUCUGACCAAUGUGACCCAGCUGGAGCAGUUGAACAAGCGCUAUUGGUACGUUUGUCAGGAUUACACAGAGUACAAGUACCCUCACCAGCCCAAACGCUUUCCUGAGAUCAUGAUGUGUCUGCCAGAAAUUCGCUGCAUUGCAGGGAAGUUGGUCAACAUCCCUUUGGAGCAGCUCCCCCUGCUGUUUAAGGCAGUAUUGCACUCCUGUAAGUCAAGUCUUAACAACUACAGGACAAGCCCCUCCCCCUGCGUGACAAAGGGUACCGCCCCAGCCAACUAGCCCCGCCCCAUUGAAAACACCCUCCCCAUCUAUUGCACGGGGGUGGGGUGUUAUCUGGGGCCGGGUGUCAUCCCGGUAUCCUCCUCCUCCUCUUCCUCCUCUCAUGAAUGUGACAAGAAACUAUUUUAUGCAUUUUGUUUAGAUUAGUGUUGUUUUUUCUCUCUAUUUAUUACCAGACAGAGCUGAAUGUAUGUUGAUCCACACUGUGCACAUGCUCCUUUUCACACGAAAAUGCACAAAAAGCGCAGUGGAUUACACACGCUUCAGUCCAACUGCGCUACGCGACGUGUAACCACUGAUAGAUCUACCGCUUGGUUUUAUUUUAUACCUCCGUUCGCUUUCUGUCGACGCGGACAGAUAAAGGAGUUGUUUUGUUAGAAAGACUACCUCAGGAAAGAAAACGUUUCUCGCGCUCCCUCUCGGUUGUGCGACGCCCCGGGCCGCCGACGCCGCGCUUCGCGUUUGAGAACGUCUCGUCGUGUCUUGCGCGCUCGCGGUGCGCUGCACGAGCUCGUUAGUCGCGUGACCUCUUAACGCGUGGCUUUUUACCUUCCCGCAAAAGGCUGCGAUGCAGAGCGGGAUUGUUUACGCGAAAGAGAGGCGUGCGGGAAGGUUUCUCAAUCACAGGCCGGGGACGAAACGACAACAGAAUGUGUUUGUUAACAUCGUUGAUUGCUUUCUCUUUUAUUCUUCUUCUUUUUUUUUUUUUAAACCAAAGUGUUAUGCAAAUUUGGAGGGAAGUAAGCCCUUAAAUACGAGAGGCUUCUGGGGAGAACAAGCGGUGUCCAUCGUUAAAAGGCACACUCCAGCGUGGUUCGCACUCGGUGAAAUGUGUAUCGCGUUUUUUUUAAUUUUCGGAAAAACAAUCGGUUCCUUAAUUUGGAGCACUCGUCGAAGGAUGUAGAGUUUGAACACGAAGUACAUAUCAGCAUCCAGUCAGCGUUUUCCAACGUAAACGAUUAGCAUUAGCAUCAGAUUUGGUCGCGAAAUGCAUCCCGCCAAAUGCUCUCAAGCUAAAAUAAAGGGCAUUUAUUCGAGUUCAGACGGAGAAAAGUGGUUUUCCCCGCAGUCUAGUUACCUCCGGUCUGCUGCUCACGUUUUAAACAGGGUAAAGUUACCGUUUUUAUAAUUCGCUCGCAUCUCUAUCUCAGAUAUCGCAGUGCUGAUGUACUUGUAGGUUUAGUAGUUUGUAGUAUUCCGGACAUCGUAGGUCCUUUUUAGGCUUUUUUUAUGUUUUGAAUCUGGGGAGGGGGAAGUGUUUGUUUUGAAGACUUUUUUUUCGUUUUGGUUUUGAGUAUUGCCGUAAACCCGAUUAGAGAAGAAAAAAACAUGACUGAGAUGCUAGCUAGUCCGGUUAUAACGAGCCACCCCGACGCCUCUGGGUUUUCGGUUCGCGAUUCGUUUCGUCGGUUGGUUCCCGCCCAGGCGCACGCGGAUGUGCUCGCUGGAACUCUCAUCGUUUCAGACAUUCCAAACACGUUCGAUAUGCGUCGUAUUGUUUACAUAUUUGCACCAGACAAUGACAAAAAGGGCCAGAGUACCGAAGUCGCAUGUCCAGCUUGGUAACGGCCCAUCUCAAGCGCAGCUAAACCUCGGCGGCAACAUCUAGCGUUGUGUUGUUUGGUGGACGCUUCACGAGUACCUGUAAACCUUAAUCCUAAACGUUUCAUCCAUCCCACACCGCAUUCGUCUGUGUCCCUUCAUUCGUUUCAUUCGUUUACCGUGAUGGAUGGCCCCGAGGGAUGGUUUUGGAGUAGGCUCGACGUCAGACUAAACUCUUGAUGUGGUGAAAGGCUCCAAACAAGCCGACUUCUGCGAUACAGAGCCACCCACCCGCAUCGAAAUAAACCCCAAGGUGGUUAUUUAUCGCAAAACCGAGCCGCUCCAAACACCGGCCCUCCUGAAUUGAGUUUCUCAGACCGGCAUCUCUGGAAGAAACUCGGGAAUAGCCCUCUAUGUUGUUUAGUUAAGGAAGGGAAAGCCUUUUGACUUCUUCAAAAGAGCCACACUCCCCAUCUAGGUCUUUUUUUUUUUUUUGUUGUUGUUGUUUCAUAUUCUGCGAUGUGUCCUCGUUUGUUUCUUUUUAUGCAUUUUUCAUUGAAACUACCUCUUUUGUGUGUCAUCACGUAGCUUGCUUUCAUUAAGGAAAAGUAUUAAUCGUUAUUUAUUGGUUUCAAAGCGCCAGUGACCCUGUUUCUUUGUCCGUCUCAUAAGCCAUUCGGGAAACUUCAGAGUUAAUAGUUCUCACCAGUCGUAUUCCGUCAUUGUCUUAAAAUAAUUCCUAAAAUAAUUGCCUGAUAGACAUCAGAUGCUGCAUAUUUACCUCACUCUUCAAUGAAGACCAUUUCUCAGUGCAAUUAUAACGUGUGAAAUGAACAGUAUUAUAUUCCUAGUUGUAAACACUGUUUGUGAAUUGUUUUCAUGAAGAAUGUAUUUUUUUGUCUAUAUGACUUUAUUAUUGUUUCUCUACUGUUUACAAGCUUUAUCGUCGGUCCAACGUAAUCAUGUUAAUGCUUUGACACUUUUCAGCCAAUCAGAUUUCUUUCUUGAUUGUUACGGGUAUGCUGAUUGGCUAUUGAAAGACUAUCAAAGUGCUGUCAGUUUAACAUAGCCAGGGAACUUAUUUCAGUCUUGUACCAGUUCUCUUCGGGAUUCUUCUUGAUACGGGGAGAAUCGUAUUAGAAGAAACAUUGGUGAAUGUUGGGGCUUGAGAAAACCAUACAGAGCCAGACGAGAGAGGUUUUGAAACAUGGGUGAUAUCUCAGGGAAUAGACACGCUCCUAAAAAAAAGUCUAAUACAUGCUAAAUGAACUCCUUUCUAUCUGGUUUUGGGAGCGUUGUCUGAGGUGCUUUUCCUAACCCGUGUGUCACAAACCUCUUCUUCUGCUCCUCUGACUUUUACUACCUGUGAAGAAUGUGACCCAUAUGUGUUAUAAAGCAUGUUUAGAAUGUUUUAGGACUUGAAACCAAAUAAAUGUGAAUCUUAUGCA